UGCUGGCGCUCAGCCGCAGGAGAGGAGAGGCGCCUCCGCAGCCGCCAUUAAACAAUAGCUGGGGGAAGGCGGAGCGGCGCGCACGGGUGUCCGUCUCCUUUUCGGCUGGGGCCAGGCCGGAGUCCGCGGGGAGGGUCGCAUCCGGAGCCGAGGGAGAGCGGGAGCAAGACCCAGAGCGAGAGGAGGAGCGAGAUCGGGAGUGGAAAGGAGCGCAGAGAGAGGAGCGCGCGUGUGCGUCUGCGCCCAAGCUCGCCAAACCUCGCCAAGGACGCAUCACCGGGGCCCUGCUUCCCAGGCGCAAAAAGCAAGGAGGCCGUGCGCCUCGCGAGGUUUUGGGGGUGUUUUUCUCCUCUUUUUCCUCCCCUUCUUCUUUCCCCCUCCGGAGCUGCCGCUUGCGGAGGAAGGAGCCGCCGGAUCAGCCCAGAAAAGCCAGGGGGAAAGGAAAGCGAGGGCGCGCUCUCCGGGCCUGUUUUGCGGACGCCUUUGGCGCAAGCGGGAGGAAGCGCGCUCCGCAUCCGCCGCCGCCGCCGCCCUGCGCUUCGGAUCGGGGCCUGACAUGAUGUUUCCUCAAAGCCGGCACUCGGGUUCAUCGCACUUGCCCCAGCAACUGAAGUUCACAACGUCAGAUUCCUGUGACCGGAUUAAGGAUGAAUUUCAGCUGCUGCAAGCUCAGUACCACAGCCUGAAGUUGGAAUGCGACAAGCUCGCCAGCGAAAAGUCUGAGAUGCAGCGCCACUACGUGAUGUACUACGAGAUGUCCUAUGGGCUCAAUAUUGAAAUGCACAAACAGGCCGAAAUUGUCAAGAGGUUAAACGGGAUCUGUGCUCAAGUGUUGCCCUAUCUUUCCCAAGAGCAUCAACAACAGGUCCUCGGAGCCAUCGAACGAGCCAAGCAAGUGACGGCGCCGGAACUCAACUCUAUCAUCCGGGUCCGUGGCGUUCCGUACGGGAACUGGGCGCAGCAGCUCCAGGCUCACCAACUCUCCCAGCUCCAAGCUCUCGCCUUGCCGUUGACCCCGCUGCCUGUGGGGCUGCAGCCCCCGUCGCUCCCGGCCGUCAGCGCCAGCACCGGCCUGCUGUCCCUGUCCGCCCUCGGCUCGCAAGCCCACCUCUCCAAGGAAGACAAGAACGGCCACGACGGGGACGCCCACCAGGACGACGACGGGGAGAAGUCGGAUUAGACCUGGUUUCGGCGGGGGGAAUCCGGGGGCGGCGGUGGCACAAAAGGGGAAAGCUCGAUAAAAGUUGCGGUAUCCACUCCGGCUAGCGCUUGGUGGAUCCGAUGGUGUUGUUUGGCGGGGGUGGGGCAGGGGGAGGAGUUUAGCCUGCCCCGCCCAUCUCUGCAGCAAUAACGUUUUUGGGUCCCCCCCCCUUUUUGGAAUUCCAGCCCCCCGUUGCCGGAGCAAUUUUACCCAGAGGCACAAUCCUGAUCACUCUACAAUGAAUUGAAGGUGAACACACCCCGAUUAAUUUUGAUUUUUCUGUGUGGGAAUGCUUGCAUCGGAACGCUAGCUUCCCUCGACAAAAUUGCCACCACCAGCUGCCAGCGGCUUGCCGGGAACUCUGUAUAUGCUCCAGGGCCACCCAUAACCGCUUCCUGUUCCUCACCUAGCAUGGCAGAAGUCCAAACAGGCUUUGUGCAGAAUGGAAGGGGAGAUCAUCCCUAGCCGCUUUAUGAGAGAGGCUGCUUUUUUGAGUUUUACAAAAUGGAGAACAACCGGUCCUGGCAGGUAGCAGGGGGGAAAUUAGGCCAUAGGUAGAAUUCGUCAUGGGUGGCUAAAUGCUUUGCAGUAGAUUGGUGAAAGUUUCCGAGUCCUGGUUGUCCAACAACGAAAAGGACCCUCCAAAAA